AUGUUGGGUGAUGGGAUGUGGUGAUCGUAAAAUGAAAAUUUUCAUCCUGUGUCUUGUUUUGGGGUACGUCCACGCUUGUGGAAGAACCCCUAGUUAUUAUCAGUCGAGAAUGGUGAAGACUCCGGGUGACAAUGGCUACGAGAUAAAGAUCAGCGAAAAUCCACAGAAGUAUGUUCCGGGAAAUGUUUACACCAUGUAUCUGAUGGCUCCCAAGAUGCCGAAUUCCGACAGAUUGAGAAGGUUCACUAGAUUCUCCAUCAGCGUCGAGUCAACAAGCAACCGCACGGAUUUUCCUCAGAAUGUCGGCAGCUUCCAAUUGCUCGGUGAUGAGAUCGCCAGCUUCAACGAGGAGUGCAUCAACACUGUUUCCGAAGUGAAUACGAGUCCUAAAAGCGAGGUUCUCUUCCUUUGGUCAGCUCCUCCACCUGGCUCGGGAUGUGUCACUUUUAGAGCAAUGAUCCUGGAAGAUGCAGCUCACUGGUACUCUGAGGAUGGAAAACUGAGCAAAACUUUCUGUGAGCAAACUGAGAAAGAUGUCAAGUUCGACGAAGAAAACGAUUGUUGUGCAUGUGAUGAAGCUAAGUAUAAUCUUGUCUUCGAAGGGAUCUGGUCAAGCAGGACCCACCCCAAGGACUACCCUACCCUGCUGUGGCUCACCCACUUCUCCGACGUGAUCGGAGCCUCGCACGAGAGGAACUUCAGCUUCUGGGGCGAGGGCCAGAUAGCCUCAGAGGGCUUCCGGAGCCUCGCUGAGUGGGGUUCGGUGAGGCUAAUGGAGACCGAGCUCAGAGCGAAGAGCAAGUUCCUGCGCACGAUCAUCAAGGCUGCCGGGCUGUGGCACCCGAAUGUCAAUACUAACACGAGCACCAGCUUCAAGGUUGACAGGAGGCACCAUUUGAUUUCUUUAGCUUCGAUGUUUGGUCCAACACCAGAUUGGGUAGUAGGAAUCAACGGAUUGAAUCUAUGCCUGAAGGAUUGUACUUGGAAAGAGAAAUUAACUCUUGAUCUCUUCCCAUAUGAUGCCGGUACAGACAGUGGUAUCACCUAUAUGUCUCCGAAUGCUGAGACUGCUCCAAGAGAAAGAAUGUAUCGCAUCACCACCACCUACCCAGAAGAUCCCAGAGCUCCGUUCUAUGAUCCAUCUAGACGUGAGAUGCCUGCGCUAGCAAGAUUGUAUCUCACCAGAGAGAAAGUGAUACCCAGAAAUUGCGACGAUAGCUUCCUGAGCGCUCAGGUAGACGUUAGCGAAAACACCGAAGAUACAUCAAGGCCUGAAUGUGAAGUAACCGAAUAUUCCGAUUGGAACAGCUGUUCAGUAACUUGCGGAAAGGGCCUGAGAAUGAGGAGUAGACAGUACAGAUCACCAGAAAGGGCCAGGAUGAGCAAUUGUAAUAGACAGCUAGUCUCUAAGGAAAUGUGUGUGGCGAAUAUACCAGAAUGCGACAAUGACGAAACAUCCAAGGACUCCCAAGAAAUCGACUCGCUGGGAGACAACACCGGUAUUUGUGCAGUCACCGACUGGAGUGGAUGGUCAUCGUGUUCUGAAAAAUGUGGAGAUGGAGUCAGAAUGAGAACUCGCAAAUUCAUCAAUAGACUGGGAAUGAAGAAGUGCCCGCAUAUAUCGAUAAUUGACAAAGAAAAAUGUUCGAUCAGAACAUGCCGCCCCGACGAGAUCGAAACAGUCGAUCCGGUGUGCCCCACCACCGAUUGGAGCGAUUGGAGCCCGUGCAGCGCUUCUUGCGGGCCCGGCAUCAAGCUCCGGACGAGGCUGUUGCUGGUGAAGCCGCAGCUGCAGCAGCAGUGCAGCUCCAGGGUGGAGCUGAUCCAGCAGCUGCCGUGCGAGGAGGUGGCCACCUGCUCCUUUGAUAUGAACAUUGCGAAAGUGGUAUGUAUGCAAGAUGGCGAUCCUGGACCUUGCCAGGGAUACUUCAACAGAUGGUUCUUCGACUCUACAACCCAAAGAUGUCAACCGUUCAUUUAUGGGGGAUGCAGAGGCAAUCGCAAUAACUUCUUCACCGGAGAACAAUGCAUGGCUACAUGUAGAGUAGUUAAAGAUGCCAUUCAAGGUAGAAUAUCAACAACUCCCGCUUACACCGUUCCCACAGACUGCGUCCUCACCGAGUGGUCGGAAUGGUCUUCUUGCAGCACAACCUGUGGUCGCGGGUACAAGGAGAGAUCCAGGUCGGUCAGGAUUCCAGCUCAGAACGGAGGAAGAUGUCCUACCAAUCUGUUGCAGAGGAGGGGGUGCUUCAGUAGGGCCUGUUUUUAG